AUGGGCAUCCUGCUCAAACAGCCCGAGGGCACUGCGGGAAAGGCAUGGCCUGCCAUUCUGAUCAGUGGCUUCGUCGCUUUCGGAGGUAUUCUAUUUGGCUACGAUACAGGCACAAUCAGUGGCAUUCUCGCCAUGCCCUAUUGGGAUAGGACAUUCUCAACUGGCUACACAGACUCUGAUGGCAACCUCACAAUCACCUCCAGCCAGUCUUCAGCCAUUGUGUCGAUUCUAUCUGCGGGUACCUUCUUCGGUGCUCUGGGUGCUGCCCCCAUGGGAGAUUUCAUUGGUCGUCGUUGGGGAUUAAUUGCCUCGACUGGUGUCUUUACCCUUGGAGUUGUUCUCCAGACUGCUGCAACCGCUAUCCCUCUCUUCUUGGCGGGUCGUUUCUUCGCUGGUUUUGGUGUUGGUUUGAUUUCGGCGCUUAUCCCCCUUUACCAAUCAGAGACUGCCCCAAAAUGGAUCCGUGGAUUCAUUGUCGGCUCAUACCAAUUCGCCAUCACAGUUGGACUUCUGCUAGCCGCAGUCGUGAACAACGCUACCCAUUCUCGUAACGACACUGGCUCAUAUCGCAUCCCGAUCGCUGUCCAAUUUGCAUGGGCCAUUAUCCUCGUCGUUGGCAUGCUCAUCCUCCCCGAAACACCCCGCUACUUGAUCAAGAGAGAUAACCACGAAGGCGCUGUGAGGAGCCUGGCCAAACUCAGACGUCUCCCUGGCGAUGACCCCGCGUUGCUUGCGGAACUUGCCGAGAUCCGGGCAAACCACGAGUACGAGAUGAGCAUCGGAAGCGCUGGCUACGUGGAGUGUUUCAAGGGUAACCUUGGAAAGCGUCUUCUUACUGGCUGUCUCCUGCAGGCGCUGCAACAAUUGACUGGUAUCAACUUUAUUUUCUACUAUGGCACUCAGUUCUUCAAGAACUCUGGGUUCAAGAAUGAGUUUGUGAUCAGUCUAAUUACUAGCUGUGUCAAUGUUGGCUCUACUAUCCCCGGUCUCUAUGCUAUUGACAAGUGGGGAAGACGUCCCGUCCUGCUUGCCGGGGCCAUUGGCAUGACUGUCUCUCAACUCCUUGUUGCUGUUCUUGGUACAACCACCACCAGCCAAGAUGCCCUUGGAAAUAUUGUCGUCCACAACGAGGCUGCCCAAAAGGCUGCCAUUGCUUUCAUUUGCAUCUACAUUUUCUUCUUCGCAGCCUCUUGGGGACCGAUCGCCUGGGUUGUCACUGGCGAAAUCUUCCCCCUCAAGGUCCGAGCCAAGUCUCUAUCCAUGACCACCGCUACCAACUGGCUCCUCAACUGGGCCCUAAGCUUCGCCACCCCUUACCUGGUCAACUACGGACCCGGAAAUGCGAACCUGCAAUCCAAGAUCUUCUUCAUUUGGUUCGGCUGCUGCUUCCUCUGCAUUACAUUUGUCUACACCAUGAUCUACGAGACCAAGGGCUUGACCUUGGAGGAGGUUGAUGAGCUGUACAAUGAGGUUAGCUCUGCGAGGAAGAGUGUUGGCUGGAAGCCGACUAUUACUUGGACUGAGAAGAAGGAGAUUUCGAAUGCUCUUGGGGAGAAGGGACCGGCUGAUGAGCACAGGGAGUUCCAGGGGCAGGCAUCUGCGCAUGUUUAA